CGAAGCGCACGCGGCAGUGUGAGAACUCGGCAGUAGGGGGACCUCCUAUCCACCAAACACUGGGCUUUAAUUCCGUUCACACUGCGAGAGCCUCCAGAAUCCAGCACUUGGCUUCACGCGCCGUUACGGAUAUAUCGCGUUUACAGUCUGUUUCUGGAUUAAACCAUCCAUCCGCGCCGCAAGGCUCUCCAGUGAGACAGACAUCCUGCAUGGAGGACAAGAGGGAAGAAUUAAACACACGGAGGAAAAGAAUGAUUAAAAAGAGAGAAUAAAGCAGUAGGCUCUGAGUGUGUGGAGAGGCUGUGUGUAUCAGGAUGACGAUGAAAGGCUUGUCCUCCAGUCGCAGUCACCACCACACACUCACACACUGUGACCACUCCUACGACUCUUUGACUCUACGCCAUGACCGACGCCCCUUUGUCAUCAGUCCCACCCACCCGACCAACCACUCCUACUUCAGAUGCCAGUCCGACCUGGCCAGCAGUACGUUUCCGAGGCGACAUCACUUGCAUCACGAACGCAAGGACGAAUGUGCCAUAGUGCCCUAUGUUGGACCGGGAGGCUUGGCUGGGGGAACUGGGUGUGGCCCAUGUGGCUCAUCCGGCAUCCCCCCAUCCUUGCUGGAACAGUUCGACCAGCAGCAGCCAAUGAGGAAAGAUGGCUAUCACACAUUGCAAUACAAACGCACAGCAGCACUCGAGCACCAACGCAGCGACAGUCCUGGUCGUAUACGUCAUCUUGUUCACUCAGUCCAAAAACUGUUCACCAAGUCCCAUUCCCUGGAGGGUCCCAGCCAACGCACCACCCUCAACGGCAAUGACCCCGCCGUCCCAGCCGACGCUAUGGCAUCGUCUACGUCCCACCCUAACGUCUCCACAUCUACCGUGAGCACCCUGCACAAGUCGUCUACCAACAAACGGGGGAAGAGCAAGGAAAGGAGUCGCUCCGAGCCCAAACCUCGCGCGCGCACACCCGGUUCUGGGUACUGGAGCUCGGACGACACUUUGGACAGAGAGAUUUGCCUGUACCACCAGCAUCAACCUUCAGGAGUUAUGACCAUGGGCCGCCAUCCAGACAAAUCUCAGUCCCACUACUUCCUGGGCCAGGGCUACAACACGCUAGGUGGUGGCCGCUCAUCUCUUAAGACAUCACGUAGCAACAACGAUGUCGGAAACUGCUCCACGUGCUCCAACGCCAAAGGAGGCGCUUUGACUUUUGGUGGCCCGAUGUCGGUGGACCAGGUCGGGCCGCUGGUCAAGAAAAGCUCCUGGUCUAGCACGCUAACGGUGAGCAGGGCACGAGAGGUAUACCAGAAGGCCACCAUCAAUAUCGAUAAAGCCCUAGUCAAAGCACAGACCUGCCAGCAGGGACGAACCUGCCAGUUUUUACAGGUUCCUCAGGAUGAGUGGGGCAGUUUGUCACCCGUGGGUCAGGACGAUGAGAUCCCGUGCAGACGGAUGAGAAGCGGCAGCUAUAUAAAGGCGAUGGCAGAAGAAGACAGCGGAGACUCGGACUGCACCCCUAAGCCAUCACCUAAAGUCCAGGCCAGAAGAGCCAGCUACCUGAAAGCCACCCAGCCCUCCCUCACAGAGAUGACCACGCUCAAGAUCAGUACGGAUUCGCACUCCCCCAAGCUUCAGAUCCGGAGUCACAGCUACUUGCGAGCGGUGAGUGAGGUUUCAAUCAACCGCAGUAUGGACAGUCUGGACCCUGCCGGGCUGCUGGCCUCACCCAAAUUUCGCUCCCGAAAUGAGAGCUACAUGAGGGCUAUGAGCACCAUCAGUCAGGUGAGUGAGGUGGAAGUGAACGGGCAGAUCGAGGCCGUGUGCGAGAGCGUGUUCAGUGAGAUGGAGUCUCAGGCCGUGGAUGCUCUGGACCUGCCGUUGUCCGGAUGCUUUCGUAUGAGGAGCCACAGUUACGUGAGAGCCAUUGAGAAGGGCUGCUCGCAGGAGGAGGAAGAGGAGAGGGCGUCACAGCAGGCCAUCUCACCCGCACGAGCCGCAACUACUGUGAGAACAAUCCAGAGCAGCACAGUAUCAUCAUGCAUAACCACUUACAAGAAAACCCCACCCCCGGUCCCGCCCAGGUCAACACCCACCAGGCCGUACAUCUCCAUAACAGCCCAGAGUAGCACAGAAUCAGCCCAGGAUGCCUACAGUGAGCUGUCUAGCCCUGCUAACCGGGCCUUAGUGGCGGUCCAGUCGGGCCUCAGUAACUCUACUGAGAGCAUCGAUAGCAUGAAGGCCCUGACGGCAGCCAUUGAGGCGGCAAAUGCUCAAGUCCACGGCCCGGCCAGCCAACAUGUGACCAACAGCACCAUUACCAUCACCACAGCUUCAGCCACCACUAGUGUAACACACAUCUCACAGGACGCUAAGAAGGACGCUCUCAGGAAGUGCCUGUCCAUAGGGAUACAGGUGGACAGUCCUGAAGAAAGCACCGAACCAGAUGUGCAUUGCAAAUUUCAGUCAGUCGGUAUUCAAGUAGAGGAGGAGAAAUGUCAUCGCAGAGUCGCGCGAUCCAACAGCGUAACUACCGCCGUUCAAGCUGAUCUUGACCUUCUGGACGAUAUCGACCAAGAGCAGUUCGUGCAGACCCAUCAGGGGUCUGGCGUCCGCCAGCCGUCUCGAGACGCAGCCACAUCCACGGUCAGCAUCCAGGGCUCUGGGAACCACUACCACGCCUGUGCCCAAGAUGACUACUCUGACGUGGGCUUUGACCCCUCCAUUCUGCCACCGCCGGACCCCUGGAUGGAUGGAGCGACGGAGGAGGAAUACGGAGGUGAAGUGACAGGGUCGGUUUGUCCGCAGGACGGACGCUGGUUUCUGAAGCUGCUGCAGGCGGAGGUGGAGAGGAUGGAGGGUUGGUGCAGACAAAUGGAGCAGGACGAACGUGACAACGAGUUACCGGAAGAGAUCCUUGGCAAGAUUCGGAGCGCGGUGGGCAGCGCUCAGCUGCUGAUGUCACAAAAAUUCCAGCAGUUCCGGGAGCUCUGCGAAGAAAACUUGAAUCCCAACGCCCACCCGCGGCCCGUGUCUCAGGAUCUGGCAGGAUUCUGGGAUAUGCUGCAGCUGUCUAUUGAGAACAUCAGUCUAAAGUUUGAUGAGCUACACCAGCUGAAAGCCAAUAACUGGAGAGUUUUGGAUCCUCCUGAGAGAAAGGAGAAGCGCGUACCCCCGCCGGUACCCAAGAAGCCGGGCAAGCGUCCUGCACUGCUAGUGCGAGACAGAUCCCUGGAGGGCUCCCAGCGUCUGGAGGCACGCAAACGGCUUCUAGCGGCUAAACGCGCCGCUGCCUCUCAACGUCAGAGCUCGGCUACAGAAUGCGCAGAUAGCAUUGAGAUCUACAUCCCAGAAGCCCAGACAAGAUUAUAAACAUACACACACACACACACACAAUAAAGAGGUGCUUUCAAACCUAAAUAGACGCCAACACACACAUACACAGUCGACUACAAUACUAAAGUACUGAAUGACAAAGACUAAGGCAGGGUAGCUGUAAUAUAAUCACUCCUCUUUUCUAGUGUAAAAGAGAGUUACUUCACUGUGUAUGUAUUAAGGAUUCUCGUCUCCCUUUUAAACUCCCAAAGACUUUAAUAUUUCUAUUCGACACUCUUAUUAUAUUAAAAUAAUAAUGUAUACAACAUACUGUGUCUGCUAUUAUUACCACCCACACCAAGUAUUUCUUAAGUUAUUUGUCAUUAAUUUUUUGAUGGAGCCAUAAGUCUGGUGUUCUCAGAAAGGGCACCGAUCACUUCUUUUGGAGAUUUAUACAGUGAUGUAGCUGUGAUUGUUGUGUGUUUGUGUGUCAAGUUUAUGUGUUACUCUCUCACGUGUCACCCUGCACCUCUGAGACUGGGCGAGGUUGUUCUGUUCUCUGUAUCAUGGGAUAUAAUAGCGAAACCACAUCUUCUCUCCUUUCUUCGUAUAAUUUUCAACCUCCCACUAAAUCACCUCCUGUUCUUUUAAAUCGUCCUGUAUUUGUCUACAUGAUUUCCUUUACUCACGUUCUCAUUUCUGAUCCAGUCUAUUUUAGUACUACUCACCUGUUUGACUGAUGUCUGUCAUUUGUGACACAUUCAGCACUUUUAAAUCCUCCCCUGAUUCGACACAUUCACAUCACGACUGUGAUGCUGUCGGAUCAUGACACUUUUCACAGCUCUGAUUCAUAAAUUAUCAACGUGUCACGUUGUGAAUCAUCACGUACCGGUGCUCAAGGAUUCAAUACAGCUUUAAGGCUUCUGGUAAAUGAAAUGAAAUGAAAAUGCUUUAUGCAAAUGAGCAGUGAUGUAAAGCAGCAAGUGAAGACAGUGGAGCUUGUGAUGUCAUUCUUUUACACUUUUAAAAAUAAAGGUGCUUUACGAUGUCAUCGUAGAACCAUUUUUGGCUAAUGGUUAUAUAAAGAAACUUUAAAGGGGACAUUUCACGAGACUUUUUAAGAUGUCAAAUAAACAUUUGGUGUCCCCAGAUGAAUGUGAAGUUUUAGCUCAAAAUACCAUAUAGAUAAUUUAUUAUAGCAUGUUAAAAUUGCCACUUUGUAGGUGUGAGCAAAAAUGUGCCGUUUUUGGGUGUGUCCUUUAAAAUGUAAAUGAACUGAUCUCUGCACUAAAUGGCAGUGACUUGGUUGGAUAGUACAGAUUAAGGGGCGGUAUUAAACCCCUUCUGACAUCACAAGGGGGGCCAAAUUUCAAUGACCUACUUUUGCACAUGCUUGCAGAGAAUUGUUUACCAAAAGUAAGUUACUGGGUUGUUAUUUUCAAAGUUUCUAGGUUUAUAGAAGCACUGGGGACCCAAAUAUAGCACUUAAACAUAAAAAAGUCAGAUUUUCAUAUGUCCCCUUAAACAUCUGAAGAACCUUUCUGUGUCAAAAAAGAUCAUAAAGAGGUAUGAAAGAAAUGGUUCUUCUAAGAACCUGUGUCUGAAAGGUUCUUUAAAGGGAUAGUUCACCCAAAAAUGAAAAUUCUGUCAUCAUUUACUGACUCUCAUGUUGUUACAAACCCGGAAAAUUUCUUUGUUCUGAUGAACACCAAGGAAGAAAUUUUGAGAAAUGUUUGUAACCAAACCGUUCAUGCACCCCAUUCACUUCCAUAGUAGGAAAAAAUAAUACUAUGUAAGUAAAUGGGGUUCACCAAUGCUUUGGUUACAACAGGGGUCCCACGGGUCCUUGAAAUCCUUGAAGGUUUGUGAAUCUGGGGGGGAAAUUCAAUCUAUUGAAUCUAUUUAAAUAUCCAUAUUAUUCCCUGUGUAGUGUAGGAUAAAUCAUAAAAAUUCUAGACUUUUUAAUCACACGUGCUAAACUGUUUACUGCUUUAAAUACUUAUAUCUUCUGUAUGCGAAUGUUGAUCAUACCAAAAUGCUUUUUUGCAUAGUUGUGUUUGACACAUGAAAAAAACGUCUCUGGUUACGUAUGUACUGUUGUUCUCUGAGAAGGGAACGAGACGCUGCGUCUCCCUUGCCAUACUUCUUGCGUCCCUGCCGUCUUUGGCAAUAUUUCAGAUAGCGAUAUACUUCCUGGCUCCCGCAUCACCCUGUCUUUGUCGUUAAGCUUCACCAUUGGUUGAAUUUGGUAUACACAUUCAGACGCACUUACCAUUGGAGGCGUCCCCAAAGUAUCACAGCAGUGAUGCAGUGCAAGUUCCCUCAAAAGGGAAUUGUAACAAUGUAUCUUUGAAGCUCACGCAAUGUAACCUUGCUCUCACUUAAAAGAGUCCCCACAUUUAGUCCUUGAAUUUGAGGGUAUUACACCUGGAAAGUCCUUGAAAGGUCCUUGAAUCUGAAGUUAACUAAGGUGUGGAAACCCUGUUACAAACAUUUCUUGAAAUAUCUUCCUUUGUGUCAUCAGAACAAAGAAAUGUAGGUUUGUAACAAUAUGAGGGCGACUAAAUGAUGACAGGAUUUUCAUUUUUGGGUAAACUAUCCCUUUAAGGGACCAAAAAUGGUAACCUAUUAAGCACCUUUAUUAUUAAGAGUGUAUGAUCACAUAUAUGUGUCUUGCAUAAUAUGUAGUAUGCAAAACUAUGUGCGAAACCUUAGUAUGCAAAAAUAGUAUGGGAGAAUACCCAACUCAGAGUUCUUAGUAUGCAUCAUAUGGACACUAUUAUAUCCCAUGCUUUAGGAGCCGCCAAAUUCAAAAACAUCCUUGUCGCUCAAGUAUGUGUGUGUUCAUUUCCACAUUUAAGUGCAUGUAACCAAGUGCUUCCUAAUAUUUCUCUCUUUAUUUUAACAGAAAUGUAGCAUAUAUAAAUAAAUAUAUAUAUAUA